GCAGAUUAUAGCAUGAAAGUGACUUUUUGGGAACUAUACAACGAAGAAAUCACUGACUUUCUAGCUUCAGAAGAGCCCUCAAAGUCUUCAGAAGAGAGACAAAAGAAGCAUGUAUCUCUCAUGGAGGAUGGAAAAGGUUGUGUUGUAGUGAGGGAUCUUGAGGAAGAAGCUGUGUACAGUGAAAACGACAUUUAUAACCUCCUGGAGCGAGGAGCAGCCAGGAGGCGCACAACAGACACUCUAUUGAACAAACGCAGCAGCCGUUCUCACUCUGUUUUUAGCAUAACUAUUCAUGUCAAAGAAAUGACUGUUGGAGAUGAGGAGCUCAUUAAGUGUGGCAAGCUCAAUCUUGUUGAUUUAGCACGAUCAGAAAAUAUUUCUCGAUCAGGUGCACGAGAGGCUCGUGCAAGAGAAGCGGGGGAAAUCAAUAAGAGUUUGCUUACUCUUGGUCGUGUUAUAACAGCUUUGGUUGAACACUUUAUUCACAUAGCUUAGGUUCAAGUGCAAUCAUGCCCCCGUGCUACUGCUCAACGCCCCGUGAGGCCGUGCUACUGCUCAAGACUGUUUGUUGAGGGAUGACCUCUCUGUUUUUUGUUGCACUAUGUUUAACUGUUUAAGUGUUAAGACUGUGCAGACUUGCAGUUGGCCAGUUGCAGUGUUGCACUGUGUUUAAGUGUUAAUACUUAAGGGUUAAGACUGUUUUUGUUGGACUGUGUUUAACUUGUUUAACUGUGUUUAAGUUGUUGGACU